GAGGCAGAAGGUCAUCUGCUUUUUAUAGUUCUCUUCCAGCACUCCUCCGAGAAUCCUACACCAGCUAUUAAAGCUCUCUCCCAAAAUAGCACCCUUCCUUCCAUUUACCAAGCCCUGCCACUCUGUUUUUGUCUUUUUCUUUCUGAACAGAGCCUACCAAGAUGAAAGUUGGAAUCGCUGCUUUGGCUGCAGGUAUUAUUGGUGGGAUUGGAGUCCUCUUAUUCCUCAUUGCAUUUGGAACAGACUACUGGCUGUUGGCAACAGAAAACUGUACUGUUUCCAGUGAACUCUCUCCUGCUGCCGAGAAUACAACUGAUUCUCCAAAAACCACCUUGUUUUUUCACCACGAGGGUUUCUUUUGGAGGUGCUGGUUUAAUGGGGAUACAUUCCAAGAGACGAUUUGGAACUUCUGGUUUACUAGCCAAGCACAUCCCAAGCACUGCAUCCAUGGGUAUCUGUUUCCCAUGCCCAUUGCUCUAGGACCUGUCCCUCAUCCAUCUUAUGAUCCCACUGCAGUGUACAGAGGAUUCUGGACUGCGUUCAUCAUACUAGCUGUUGCUGCCAGUCUUGUGGGAGGAUUGCUGUUGGUGUGUGCUGUUCCCUUUGUGGCUGCUCGGCUCUAUAAAGUAGGAGGCGGAUUCCUGAUCACUGCUGGAGUGUUACUUUCAUUGCUGAUUGUGCUCUUCGUUAUGUGGAAGGAGUUCGCUGCCGACCUUCAGAGGUACAUUCUUCUUGAAAGGAGCCAGGCAUGUUUGCCCGAUACACACAUUCAUGUCUUUUAUGGAUGGUCAUUUAUGUUUGCUGCUGCUGGUACACCCCUUGUCCUACUCUCUGGUCUACUGUUCCUUUGUAUUGGAAGAAGCCUUGGUGUAGCAGAGAAAUAAAUGAUAAAGAACUGCAGUCAUAUUAAAGACUAUUCCUUAUUGUAGAUGUGGGCACAAAGCAAUCAAGUUAAAGAACUUUUUAUGUUUAUAUUCUAAGCAACCAAAUGCGAAGUUUCUAACUACAAUAUUAAGUAAACUCUUGCUAUUAAUGAACAAUAUAGCAAAAUCAAAUAAAUAUUCUAUAAGAUGGUUGAAAAAUUGUAGAGAUAUAUGCAGUUUGUUCCGCAUUCAUAGUGUAUAAAUAUUUUACAUGUAUGGGGCCUUCAAAACGUACUUUUCUUUUGCGAACCAGAUAGGAAAUUUCACAUCUGCAAGCUGAGACUUCAGGUAACAUUGAAUUACAAAAUCCAGAAUUCUUUGGCCUAGAGGGAUUGCGCUUUCUCAACAACCAUCAUUUUUCUGCAAAAAUAUUUUAAGGGCUCCCAAGAAGAGCAAAAUGGUAAUUUAAGUAGUGCCUAGAGUAGAGUUCUUGUAAGAAAUUUCUGUAUGGUGCCACCAAAUUGCUAAUGUACUAAAUUGAGGUGCCACUACAGAUUAGGUUAUGAUUUUACACUAUUAUCACAUUUUGUUACAUUUGUGUUACAUUUGUGUUUAUGAAUAGAUAAGGUGCUGCUACUCAAUAUAUAAACAUACUGUAUAUAGGGAAAAUAACAGAGAGAGAGGCCUUUACUCUGACACAUCAUAAUUGUUUAAUUUACCCCUAAAUCAUUAUGAGAAACCCAACAAAUAAAGAAGUGGAAGUAUUGAAAUAAUACCUUUCCCCUGUGGGAUUGCUUAUCACUGACUUUCCAUGGUUAUCAAUGGGAUUUAAAUCAUGGUCUUGACGGUGAAGCCCAGUAUAAGAAGUAUAUUUUGUACUCUCUAGAUUGGCUGAUCCUCCUAAAUGCGCACACAAUAUCCUAUAUAGCAUUGUUUGUUCCAAUGGGUACUUUUAGAUACUUUUAAAAGGAUUGAGUAUAUUUAAUGUUCACACAAGUAGCAGAGAGCUUUUUCACAGAAAAAUAUGUCUUGGGGGAUAAUACUCAAUUAUAAGAAUUUAUAUUAUUUUAGGAAAAUUACAGACCCAUGCAUACUCACAGCAUUUUUGCUGGUAUAAGCAAUAGAUAAACAACACUAAUACAUCAGGAGUGGCUUCUUGGUUAAAACAUGCAUGCCUUACAGAUUGUAUUUUUUGCAUACAGGUAAAUAAAGUUGGAAUCUUGAUUAAG